GCAUCGUUAAUACUGCAGAGGUUAAGUAAGAGCUGACGGCUGCUAAAGCUAAAAUGCCCUCGUUUUGCGAAGCUUGCCAAUGAAUGCACGCUGAGAUAUUGACUGAGGGGGUGGGGGUGACAGAAAUGCAAUGCUGUGUAGGGAGGCUGUGGUCUGUGUGUGGGUCCCUGUAUGUGCUGCCGUGAACUGCAGCCUAGUCUCUGUCUGCUACAGAAGCGGGGCCUGAGAGAGGCGUAGCCCACGAACCUGCUUCCUUUGCACCUCUGGGAUCUGGCCUUCCAGCUGUGUGAUUAUUUGUGAGCCGCGUUCGCGAUGAAACGACCGGAAUCCUGUUAAACUGAAGAGGAGCUGCCUGGUGAGCCUGCAUGCCUUCCUGCAUCAGGCGACAGCGUCUCGGGUCUGCGUUGAAAUAACUCUGCUGGCACCCACUCUCUGGAGAGCUGAUGGAUAGGUUACGAAUCAUCAAACACAGACUGUCGAUAACUCUGCGCAGCAGGCAGCCUCUCGAUGACUCCCUCUCCCAACUUGCUGAGCAGAUGAGUUUGGAAGAGAAUAACUCAAAGGACAAUGGUAUCGUCCAUGAGACUGUGAAGAUGGGUUUGGACAAUGAGAGUGACCAGAUCUCUGGCACAUCCUCGGACGAGAUCCAUUCACCCGUCGGGGUGCGAUUGAGAACUCGCCAUCACCAACGCAUUUCCACAGAGGAUGUGACCAAACGUCUCUCCCUUCCUGCGGAUCUCCGCCUCCCAGAGGCUUACCUCGAGAAAUUCGCCACAAACAGUGCUCCUUUUGACAAACCCAUGAGCCGCCGUCUACGGAGAGCAUCCCUGUCAGAAAUUGGGUUUGGCAAACUGGAAACCUAUGUCAAGCUGGAUAAACUGGGAGAGGGCACGUACGCCACAGUGUUCAAGGGCAGGAGUAAGCUGACCGAUAAUCUGGUCGCACUGAAAGAGAUUCGCCUGGAACAUGAGGAGGGGGCACCCUGCACAGCCAUUCGGGAAGUGUCCUUGCUGAAGGAGCUGAAACAUGCCAAUAUAGUGACACUACAUGACAUCAUCCACACUGAGAAAUCACUAACUCUGGUCUUCGAAUACUUGGACAGAGACCUGAAGCAGUACAUGGAUGACUGCGGGAACAUAAUGAACAUGAACAAUGUGAAGAUUUUCCUCUUCCAGUUACUGAGGGGCCUGGCUUAUUGUCAUGGCCGUAAAGUGCUGCACCGGGACCUGAAGCCUCAGAACCUGCUAAUCAGUGAUAAGGGAGAACUCAAGCUCGCUGACUUCGGAUUGGCUCGAGCUAAGUCUGUUCCCACAAAGACUUACUCCAAUGAGGUGGUGACGCUGUGGUAUCGCCCCCCAGACGUUCUCCUGGGCUCGACAGAAUACUCCACACCCAUUGACAUGUGGGGCGUCGGCUGCAUAUUUUAUGAGAUGGGAACAGGUCGCCCUUGUUUCUCGGGAUCCACGGUCGAGGACCAGUUGCAUCUGAUAUUCAGGACUCUGGGAACUCCAACUGAGGAGACAUGGUCAGGAAUCUCGACCCACAGUCAGUUCAGUGCUUAUCAUUUCCCAAGAUACAAGGCAGAGCCUCUUAUCAAUCAUGCCCCAAGGCUGGACACUGAUGGCAUUGACUUACUCUCCAAACUGCUUCAGUUCGAAGGCAAGCGCAGGAUCACAGCACAGCAAGCUGUCCAUCAUCACUACUUCCGAAGCUUCGGAGCGUCAAUCCUGGAGCUGGAUGACAGUGAGUACAAUUCCAUCACGUCCUCUGCGCAAUUUAUAACCCACGCAGGCACAGAGUUCACUCAGUGA